CAAUCUGUUAUUUGACCUUUAGGAUCCAAAAUAACAUUCAAAGAAAAUUCGUUGUUGGUUUCGAUGGAAGAGCGGCUCCGAAGACACAUAGACGAUUUUAUCGUCGUGCCGAGCAGCUGCGGAGAGAGAAGCAAGAGGAAGCCAAUGACGCCAGGAGCGCACAGCUAGAGGCGCAGCAGGCGGCACAACGCGCUAACCAGCUGCAUGGGGAGGCUAGAAAGCGGGAUGCGGAGAUGGAAAAGGCACUUCAGGCUCGGAAGGAAGUAGAGACAAAAUGGAGAAAGGGCAUCCAUCCUAUCGAGCUACCUUCUAGGGAGCAUUUCGAGUCGACCAAACGACGUUAUUACACAGAGGGAAAGUUCCAUGUUGCCAUCACCGGAAUAUCAGGAACUGGAAAAUCUUCUCUCAUCAAUGCUCUUCGGGGCAUAUGGGACGGCGAGGAUGGUGCUGCUUCAACUGACUAUAUGGAGAGCACCUCCGUUGUCACUUCAUACCCCGACCCUGACACCGCCAAACCUUUCAUUUGGUUCGAUGUCCCGGGAUCGGGGACGCUCGCAUGCUCCGACUGGACCUACUUUAAUGACCAGGGUCUCUACAUUUUUGGCGCUAUCAUCGUCCUAUUCAACAACCGCUUCACCGCCACAGACCUAGCCAUCUUGAAGUUCGCCGAGCGAUACGAAGUUCCCACCUACAUCGUUCGCUCUAAAUCUGAUGUGCACAUUAGCAAUCUCGUCAAGAAGAAACGACGGAUGGCUGGUGCGGGGAGUGAUCCCGUCCGGCUUGUCGACGAAGCGCGCCAGGAGUUUAUCACGAAGACGCGGGAGAGCGUUGACUUGAAUCUGAUGAAGAGUGAUCCUCCUCUUCGGUUGCAGAAGGUGUAUGCUGUCUCCCGGGAUACGCUUACUUUGAUCGUCCGAGAGGAGUCGUUUGAAGAUAGCCUUGCGCUUGAUGAGUUGGAACUAUUGAGGAAGACACGUCAGGAUGCGUGCUCCAGCCGGUCACCAAAAUCAGAUGGCUCAUCGGAUUCCUUGUUACAAAUGUUCUAUUUGAUGUUUCCAGAACGUCCUUGUUUGUUCAAUCUUAUCGCACUACGUUUCACUUGGAAUUGUUUCCUGUGGGUAGUGUUAUACGAAAUGGUCGACGAUUAUGUUUGCGUGCUUCGAAGUCGCUUUACUUUUGAUAAGAUACUUACUUCAAUGUGGUGAUGUCCGAUGUUCCCGGCCAUUCUUUCCUUUGUCAGAAAUUAGUUAAUGGUGAAAACUUGCGAAUG